AUGGAAGAGAAGAAGAAUAGAAUCCAGGUGGAAGUACGAAUAAAUCCCAGGCUGGAUAACGUAAUAGAAAGCACGCCAACAGCACUAACCAUAGGGACAAAGACGUAUGGUUUUAACAAGGUACAUCUCACUACAUCACAAAUGCAAAUGUAUGACAGGAGCGUCAGGCAUCUUACAGAAUCUUUCCUUGAAGGCUAUAAUUGUACAGUAAUGGCAUAUGGCCAGACAGGGAGCGGAAAAACCUACACAAUGGGAAUGACACAUGAAGACAUGACAGGAAUUGUCCCACAGUCCCUUAAACACAUAUUCAAGGCAUGUCAGGAAAUAAGCUGUAUCUUCAUAGAGGUUUACAAUGAGGAGGUAAUUGAUUUAUUCAGCAAGCACAAGAUGCCAUUGAGCCUAAGAGAGGUAAAUGGUGAAAUCACAAUCGCUGGCGCAACAGAGGUAACUCUAAGAUCAUAUAAAGAUGGAGUGGAAGCCUUGAAGAAAGGAUCCUUGGAAAGAACAACAAAGUCAACCAACAUGAAUUCAAAGUCGUCGAGAAGCCAUGCGAUAUUCAUUCUUUCUCAUAGAAGAGAGGUAAAUGGAUCAUUUGUGACGUCGAAGUUCUCCUUUGUCGACCUUGCAGGAAGUGAAAGGCUCAAGAGGACUUUGUGUGCAGGAGACCGUGCGAAGGAGGGAAUUUCUAUAAACUCUGGACUCUUGGCUCUUGGGAAUGUGAUCUCUGCUUUAUUCAAGAAAUCUUCCCAUGUUCCUUUUAGAGAUUCAAAGCUCACUAGAAUACUUCAAAGCUGCUUAAGUGGCUACAUUUUGAUGAUUGCCUGCGUUUCUUCUUCUCACGCAGAUAUAGGUGAAACACAUAACACUUUGAAGUAUGCAAGUAGAGCAGCUUCUAUCGAAACCACGGCAAAGAUGAAUGUGCAAAUUGAUGGGUCGAAGUUCGCAACACUUCUUCUGAAGAAAGAAAUACAGAAGCUCAAAGUGGAAAACCAAAUGCUUAAAGAAAGAUUUAGGAAAGAAUCCAGAAUUAAUGUAGAAGAAUUAAUAUCUGAAAAUAGAAUUCUCAAAUCAAAGGUGGAGGCCCUAAGCCUUGAAAAGGACGACAAAAGAGAAGACAUCAUACAGGAAAUUUUAAAGCACCCUUUCGUUCAGAACCUGAUAGAUGAAAACCAGAGGCUUAAAGAUAUGGUCGAAAAGACAUCCAAGGACUUGGAAGGACAAAGGCCUUCAGGAAUAGACAGCUGUCCAGAUGUUAGAAAGUACGAAAAAAGUUUUGGGUUUGCCAAAAGGAAAAGCUCCGAGAAUAAGGCAAAUUCUCCCGAAGAUGAUCUCAGCAGGAAGAGCAACGAGGAUCACUUGAGUAAACCUGAAGAAGUAUUUAACAAAGCCAGUGAAGGCAGGAUACAAACAGAAAAUCAGAGUAAAGAAGAGUACAACAAAAUUGACACAAUAAGAAAAUACGUGGACUCCCUAGAGAUAUCAGACACUUGUGAAAUUGUAGAAGAACAAGAAACAGAACCAAAGAUUAACAAAGCACACAAAAGAAUCGUUUCUUUUGAUUUAGACAGAAAUACUAAAAAAUACGCACUCUUCACACCUAGAAAGGAAAAGAUAACAAUGACAACAGCAAUAGAAAAUAAGCUGACUGGAUACCUUCCCACAGCAUUAACACUCUUCGAUUCACACCUUGUAUUCGCAUCUAUAGACAAUAAAAUCAGAAAAUGGAACGACAAAGUAGAAGCUUUGUUCACAGAGGAAGGCGUCAGGUGUAUAGAGGGAUCUGAUACUCUCUUGUAUACAACAAGAGGAAUACUGAAAAGAUUUGAUCACAGGUCAGGCACACGACCAUUGUAUGGCUUCAGGAGCGAGGUCUCGGCACUUCUCUCAAGAGACAAUUACAUAUUCACCGGUCAUGAAGAUGGAACACUUUCAAUGCUCGACCAGAGAAAUUGCAAGCUGGUACUUUCUGAAAAGGCACAUUCUGGAACCGUUUUUUGCAUAGAGAAGAUAGGGCCAGACACGUAUACAGGAUCUAGGGAUCAUACAGUCAAAUGCUAUAACGGUGAGUUUACAACUCUUUCUCCGCCACAUUUAGAUUCAAUCCAGGGAUUACUAUGCUAUAAUGAUAACUUAAUAAGCUUUGGAAGAGACUGCUCCAUAAGAAGGUGGAGAAACAAGUCAAUAGUUAAGACGGUCCCAUAUGCACACGACUCAUGGAUAAAAUGUGGAGUAUCAAUGAAGGAUUCAUUUGUGACAGGUUCUAAGGAUGGAAUGCUUAGGUUUUGGGACUUUUGGGAUAACUCUGUAUUCUGUGUUGGUAAACUGAAAGCAGGAGGAGCAAUAAACUCUCUUGUAUGGGAUGGAGAGGUUGUUUAUGUAGGAUGCCAAAGCAAGGAAAUCUUGGCAAUAAAAUGUAGAUAUGAUGGCUGUUAA